UAACUUGGUGUUUGUUUACAUGCGGGUGUUUACUUUCCAUUGCUAACUUGGCCAGUUUUUUGUAAAGGGCGUAGCAGGCCAAGCUACGCCUGUCUUCACAGUUUUCACAGUUCUUAGAGCAGAAAAAUACACAUAUAUUAGGAAUAAAGUGACAUAUAUAUCAUUAUUUACGUACAGUAUUGACCAAGGCAAGCCACAGCUUUGGAAAAUUAGCGUAAGAUGAGUACCUCGCUUAAAUCUGUCCUCGUCCACAGCCGGCAGAGUUCUUCUGUAAUUAUUGGUCUGUGCAUUGGCAUUGCCUUGAGCCUUAUUCGGACACCGUUCAUAGAUGAUGGCUGCUCAAGAUCCAUGUCACCUGAUCUGUUUAGCGGUGGACGAUUGGGGAAGCUGAGAGACCUGCGGAGUGAUGGAAUGUCCAGUGAUAGAGAUUAUGAACCUCGCCUCGUACUGGAUAAUUAUAAUAAGGAAGAUGCUUUGAAGCCGUCAAAGUCUGAGAAGUUGCUGAGGCCUCGAUACUAUACGACAGAACUAGGAAUGCGCGAUAAGCUCCUCGUAGCAGUUAUAUCUACAAAAGAUAGCAUUGGCUCGUUUGGAAUUGCUCUAAAUAAAACAUUGAACCAUCAUGUAGACAAAGUCAUCUUUUUCAUAGAUGGCAUUGGCUCCAAAAAAUUGGGUUUAAAUAUACCAAUUGUGGGUUUCAAAGAUGAAAAGCCACUCAUUAAAGUUUUCAGAGUGCUUUCUUAUUUGCAUGAAAACUAUUUAAAUGAAUUUGAUUACUUUUUUGUGGUCUCGGACCGUACGUACAUUCAUGGGAGAAAGUUGUACAGGAUGGUACAGAGGAUCAGCAUCAGUAAAAAUGUUCAUAUGGGGAUGCUGAUGGAUAAUCCUGAGUCACUCUAUUGUUCUAUUGAUGCUGGUAUCAUUCUCAGCCAUUCUGUGCUACAAGCCGUGGGUGCAAAGUUGAGUUGGUGUACUCGCAACACUUACUCUGAAGCUGACACGGAUAAUCUUGGCCGGUGCAUCCUUCAUGCAACUGACAAACCAUGUGUGUCUAAUUUGCAGGGUCAGGAAUACACCUCCUACCGACUAAGAGAAGAUGCAGAAGUUGUUUCUCACCUGCAGUUAAUAGGUGGUAGUUCAUUGGUUCGUGAAGCUGUGACAGUCUCCAAUGUCCCAGAAGCCAACGAUGUGUAUACCCUUCACAUGUUUUAUCUUCAAGAUGACGUGCGACGUGUUAACAGCAGCAUUCAGGAGUUUAGAAGAGAAAUACAAUAUGCCAAACCAUUUUCACCAAUAAUAAAGAGAGAAGAUACAUGGCCCGUUGGAACAGCACCAGUACAUUACCCUCUGACAAGAUUUGAUGUUAUUCGAUGGGAAACAUUCAAUGCAACACAUAUAUUUCUACCUGACGAUUUCCAAAAUACAAAGCCAAUUAUUGGUGCAGAUUUAUUAGAUAUUAUGAGUGUUGUUAAUGCAAGUGUAGCUCACAUGCAUACAAAAACCAAUGGCAAUUUAGAAUAUCGAGGUAUAGAAUAUGGCCAUCGACGUUUGGAUCCCACACGAGGUGUGGACUAUAUUUUGUCUUUGAUCUUCCGUGAUAAUACAUCUGGUCAGACGGUUACAAGAAAAGUUGAAGCAACUAGGUCUCUCACUGAACCUGAAAUUAUACCCAUGCCAUAUGUCACAGAGAAUAAUCGCAUCACCUUGGUGCUUGCCAUUACUCAAGCAGAGAUGGUAGAAGCAGUUGAAUUUGUUAAGCGAUAUGAGGUUGAAUGUAUGGUGAAUGGUGAGCACACAUUCCUCCUCCUCGUUCUGCUCUAUCACCCUGGAAUCUCUUCUACUGAUGCAGAUGUAUUCAAGCCCUUGAAAGACUUGGCACUAAAGUACACCAGAGAACAUCAUGAUGCUGGAUCCAAAGUUGGCUGGCUCCCAGUCCACACCCUUGGCCAGCGGCCCUCUGAAUUUGCUAUAGUUGACUUGGUGGUGAAAAAGUUACAAGAUGACACCUUACUUCUCGUGACAAGACAUUCUUCUCACAUUAGCAAUGAAUUUUUGAAUCGUGUCAGGAUGAACACUAUCUUAAAUUGGCAGGUGUUCUCAGCAAUACCAUUUACGCAAUACCAUCCUGAGACUGUGCCUGAUCAGGAAGCAUAUCGCAAGCUGGAGGUCAACAGAAACAUUGGUCACUUUGACAAUUACGAUUUUGGCCAUAUUAGUUUCUAUGUUGGUGAUUAUAUGGCAGCAAGAAAGUCAGUAGCUGAAACUAUUCCUCUCAUAAGAAAUGAGAAGGAUCUCAAGCGAGACCACCCAGAAGAGUAUGAUUAUGGUAUCUACGGAUUGUUUCUUCGUGCCUCCAACCUCCAUGUUUUACGCGCGGCAGAGCCAAGUCUGAAAUUAGUUUAUCAAAAUAUUGAAUGUGGUGAGAAAACCAUGACUCAAAGUGGACGAUGUAACCAUUUCUGUUCUUUGCAAGAAGGAUAUUCAUUUGGAUUGAGAACCCAGUUGAGCAAACUGGUACUUGACUAUGUAGAACAGGGAAAGGGAAAACUACAAGAAUAAUUUGGUUGUCUCAGUUGCAUUGCUUGAUAUAACUUGACCCACACUGCCAUACAUCCACUGCUCUCACAAAUGUAUUACUAUGCAUUAUUCUUUUAAAAAUACUAUAUUCUUAUAAAUGUGCAUGUGUAGACAUUACUGUAUCUUCCUAAGAAAUGUGGCUUGUUUAACAAAAUCCUGUGACUUGCUCUUGGAUGCCUAAUGCAAAUUUGUUCAAAAUCAUCCAAAGUAUAUUGCAAAUGUAUUAGCAACACAGAACAAUACAGUAUGCAGCAGCAGUAUUUUUAACUUAAGACUUGCCUGAUGUAUUAUUACUGUAUAUUGCUGUAGGUUCUAGUCAUGCUUUAUCAGCAGAACAAUGUGCAAGAAAAUACUCUAUGCAGUUAAUUUUAUCUUUUCCUACAAGUGUUUGAUUUACACUAAAAUGCUUAAAAUACCUAUACAAUACUGCACACAAUUUUAAAUUAAAUAAUUUUGAAGUAUAA